AUGACGUCCGAGAAUGAGGGUUUUCAGGGAUCCGAAGAUGUAGAAUUCCCACCGCCGCCCGUGGAGACCGAUCUGUAUGACGUCCUAGGAGUCAAGGAAGAUGCAACACCUGAUCAGAUCAAGACGGCCUAUCGGAAACUAGCACUGAAACAUCACCCAGAUAAGGUACAGGCCAAGUCCAAAGACGAAGCGAACCAGAAAUUCCAGCAGAUCGCUUUUGCCUAUGCGAUCCUGUCCGACGAGAAGCGACGCCAGCGAUUCGAUCUCACUGGCAGCACGGCCGAAGCCGUGCACGAAGGGGAUGACUUCAACUGGAUGGAUUUUUACCGGGAACAAUUCUCGAGCGCGGUCGACGAGAAUGCGCUGGACCAGUUCAAGAAGGAUUACCAGGGAUCGGAAGAGGAGGAGAGGGACGUUCUGGCCGCAUUCGAAAAGUACCGCGGCGAUUUGGACAAGGUCUACGAGUCGGUGAUGCUGUGCAAUGUGAUCGAUGACGAUGACCGAUUCCGUGCCAUGAUCAACAAGGCCAUGAGCGAAGGCCGGGUGCAAGAACACAAGAAAUACGUGGAGGAGUCGGAGAAGAAGAAACAGCUGAGAUUGAAGCGGGCGCAGAAGGAGGCCAAGGAAGCUGAACAGCUUUCUAAGGAGCUCGCAGACAAGAAAGAAACGAAGAAGAAGGGGGGGAGGAAGAAGAAGGAUGCAGACAUGACCGACAAUGACCUAGCUUCGAUUAUUCGACAGCGACAGGCCUCCCGCGCGGAUACCUUCUUCGAUAAGUUGGAGGAGACCUAUACUGGGGGUAAGAAGCGAGCCGGUGGAUUCGACGAGCCCCCAGAGGAAGCUUUUGCAGCGAUGGGGGCUCGACAGAAAUCCAAGAAGACAAAGAAGUGA